GGCUUUCAAAGUCUCUUCGCUUCCAUUGCUUCAUUCAUCAAGGUUAUCUGAUCUCUUUCAUACAAUCGCUACAAGCACUCAAUUAUCACUCCAUUCAAGAUGCUCUCCCAAACACUCUUCCAAAUCAUCUCCCUGGCGCUCGUCGGCACUGCCAUUGCUGCCCCAAAGUCUCUCGUGUCUCCGCGUUCUGCGCAGAUCUGCGACGACACUGAGACGGGCGACCUCCUCUGCUACACUGCUCCUGACAACACUCCGCAAGACGUCGCGGUUGCUGAUGUAUCCUAUGUCGCGGCAUAUCUCCGCGCAUACGGAGCGCAAACCAAGGCCGGACGCCUGUACUCAAUGUCUGCAGCUGACGCCCCUGACUGCGCCGAGUGGACCGUCUAUUCCCACGGCACCGUCCAGGUCAUCGCCAAGCACAUUGACGACACUGUUGACAGCAGCGUUCUCUAUGCUGAUAUCGCCAAUACCAUUGACGGUGGAACCGGCGCUACCGCUGCUCAGCAAGCUGCUGCUCUCAUCGGCUGCGGUACUGAUGGCGGCUCGCUCGGUGUUGUCUACAACGCUUCCAACCCGGCAUACUCGGCCUCGACUUACCCUACUGGGUACACGCCUGAGGGUAUUCUUAUUAAGAUUGUGACGACAGGGGCUUAGGGCCUGAGUAUGGGAUUGGGGUUUCCUCUUCAUAGCAUUCAUAGCUAAAGCAUACUUGCAAUUAUGUUAAGAGGGAAUCCUGUAGACUAAUUAGUUAAAUUGACAACACUGCAACCUAAUUAGUUUCAUC